AUGUUAAUUUUUAGAAGAUUGUGUAAAUUCUCAUCAUGUAAAAUAAUGGCGAUUAAAUCAUAGAAUUUAAAGAAUCCACUCUGACUGCAAUUUCACCUCUUGAUGGAAGAUAUGCCAGUUAAACAGCUGUAAUCAAAGAUUAUUUUAGUGAAUAUGCAUUGAUGAAGUAUUAUAAUUCUUAUUAUAUUAGAUAUCGAAUCAAAGUAGAAAUUGAAUGGUUGAAGUUUUUGCAUUCUAAGAAUAUGAUAAAGCAAGGAAAUUAAGUUUUAAAUUUAACUGCUUUAGAUUUGACUUAUUUGGAUUUGAUUUAUGAUAAAUUUGAUGUAACUAAAUCAUUCAGAGUUAAAUAAAUAGAAAGUACAACUAAUCAUGAUGUUAAAUCUAUUGAAUAUUAUAUCAAAGAAGAAUUAGAUAAAAGUAUUUUAUUAUUAUGACAUAUUUAGAUCCAAUUUUACAUUCAAUGAAAGAAUAUGUUCAUUUUUGUUGUACAAGUGAGGACAUUAAUAAUAUUGCUUAUAGUUUAAUGAUGACUGAUGCUAAAAACAAUUUACUAAUGAAAUCGUUAGAAGGAGUUAUUAAUAAAUUAGUACAAUUAUCACAUGAUCAUCAUAAUGUUCCUAUGUUGAGUCGUACUCAUGGUCAAGUUGCAUCUCCUACUACUGUGGGAAAGGAAUUUGCAAACUUUGCUCAUAGAAUAAGAAAUCAUUCAGAAUUAUUAAGAAAUCUUAAAUUUGAGGCUAAAUUGAAUGGUGCUGUUGGAAAUUACAAUGCUCAUUUAUUAGCAUAUCCAAAUUAUGAUUGGCCCAUUCUAAGCAAAUAAUUUAUAGAGGAACUUAAAUUAAAACAUAAUCCAUUCACUACUCAAAUUGAACCUCAUGAUAGUGUAGCACUCUAUUAUUCAUAUCUCAAUUUAAUUAAUAAUAUUUUAGUAGGAUUAUCAAGAGAUGUUUGGAGUUAUAUCUCAAUUAAUUAUUUCGAAUAAAAAAGUAUUAAAUCUGAAGUUGGUUCAUCUACUAUGCCACAUAAAGUUAAUCCUAUUGAUUUUGAAAAUUGUGAAGGCAAUUUAGGUUUAUCUAAUUCAUUAGCUUAACAUUUUAUGAAUAAAUUAGUAAUUUCUAGAUAUUAAAGAGAUUUAUCUGAUUCUACUGUAAUGAGAAAUCAUGGAGUAUGUUUAGGAUAUGCAGUGGUAGGAUAUAGAAGUUUAAUUAAAGGACUUGAUAAGAUAUCACCUAAUUAUGAUACAAUUUUAAAUGAUUUAGAAAAUGUAUUAUCUAUUUUUUUAAUUAAUAUAGCAUUGGGAAGUCUUAGCUGAACCCAUUUAAUAGAUUAUGAGAUAAUAUGGAGUUCCAAAUCCAUAUGAAUAACUUAAGGAAUUAACUAGAGGAUAAAAAAUAACCAAGGAUUCUUUAAGAGAGUUUAUUUCAAAAUUAGCAUUACCUGAAGAUAUUAAAAAGAAGCUUAUGACUUUGGAACCAAAGGAUUAUAUUGGAAAUGCUGAUAAAAUGGCUAGAUUGAUAUGAU